GUCUCGGCCAGCACCGCUCCAAAUAUAUAUUUCUUUUCCCGAUAUGGAGACCGGAGGUUCGGACGCUGAAAGUGUAGGGACACUUGGCACUCUUAAGCGGGCGUGCGACCAAUGCCGUUAUCGGAAGAUUAAAUGUGACAGACGCUCGCCAUGCUCGAAUUGCAGAAGUUCAGAGAUAAUCUGCCGCUCUACGGGAGCAGGCCAGAAGCCCAAAGAGCAACGACGACGGGUUCUGAUUUCUAGUGAAUACGAGAGGAAGAUCGACCUUAUCGAAAGGCGUCUCGCCGGUAUAGAAAAAGUGCUUCUUGAUAUUAAGCAAAGUAGUGGCAAUGCUAGUACGGGCAUGAGUCCUAAUACAGCCGAGUCGUACCAUGCAGCUUCCACAUCGAGUCGGAUGACUCCCUCUGCAUCCAGUAUUGCUAUAGAUCAGGACUCUAGCCCAGCAUUUGAGGGAUACUCAUCUCUCUCUGCACAGUCCGCUUAUGCAAGCCAGUUUCUUGAGACAGCUAUAUCUCGAGGUUCUUUCAGGGAGGAGAGCCCGAAGAUGGCCACGGCGUUGUCGACGCUUAAGCAGAUAGUCAAUAUGCAGAAUCAGGGACCGCAGGUUUCGUCCCAAGAAGUGCGUUUUCCAACACAGAAAAUAGGCUCAGGGGAUGGUGAUGGUCAUGGAAUAAGGGAUUUGAAAAUGCCUCCUAUGGAGGCUGUUAUAUCGCUGCUGCGGAAUGUGAAAGAAAAUCCUUCUAAUACUUCACUCUUUGGAAGCUACUACUCAUUCAUGACGCUGGACGAAUUUACCGAGAAAUGCCGCGAGGUCUAUUUUUGCACAGAAGACUAUUCGCCCGCGACCUUCAUCAUGGUUAAUUGUGGCCUCUGCAACCUCUUCCUUGAGCUCAGCUUCAUGGUUAGGAGCAGUCAAACCAAAGAAGCAUAUCAGAAAUAUCUUCAGAUAUGUAAAUACAAUGUAGAGUCGGCCCUGGCGGGUCUCAACCUGUUAUUACCCGCGACAAAGGAUAAUAUCCAAGCACUUACAUUAGGCGCUAUGCAUGCAAUUGAAAUUUCUAGACCUUCUUUUGCUUGGACCCUAACUUCGACAGCAGCUCAACUCUGCCAGGCUCUGGGUUACCACCGUGCCUCUUCAAUGGAGAAUGAUACGCAGAAAACGCGAGAAAACAAAUUGCGUACUUUCUGGACUUUAUACUGUUUAAACAAAGCUCUAUCUCUGCGUCUCGGCCGCGCUUCCGUGAUCCAGGAUUAUGAUAUCUCGCUCCCCUCUGAGAACGAGGAUCUCACUGCUGCGGGACCCUGGAGAGCUGUGGUGCCAUUAUGGAUUAGACUGGCCAUGAUACAGGGGAAAGUGUAUGAGUUGCUGUAUAGUCCCGCGGCGCUGUGCCAAUCUGAAGGUGAACGGGUCGCUCAUGCUGAGAGGUUGGCAGCUGAGAUGAGGUUGGGGGUUAUCGAACCUUUUGAGAGACUUAGUAUAAAUCCAAAAGACAUAUCUGAUCUUGACUCUCUCUAUCUGAGGUUUGACCGCGUCAGCCGUCUUUCCGUUUUGACAUUGAUCUACCGUGCAAUUCCACCUCAGGGAGAUGCCCAUUUUACGUUCACAAUGGACUGCAUCAAGACCGCUCGAAACGCACUCGAAGCACAUCUGACCUGUAUGACUUCACUGAAGGAGAGUGAUGAAAGCCUUAAAUGUUCAUACAUGCAUUGGACAAUUAUGUACGCUCCUUUUGUCCCAUUCAUAGUCAUUUUCUGCCACAUUAUCGAGUUCUCGUCUAAUAACCCCAACACUGAAUCGUCGACGCAUGCUGCGCCCAGCAGCGCCGAGGUCGAAGUCGACCUCAAUCGUCUUGAAGAAUUUGUGCUCUCCCUUGAAUCCCUUACAACGCUGUCCGAAGCAAUUUUCAAACUCCACCGACUCUGUCAGGUGCUAUUUAACAUCGCGAAGUUGUAUACAGAGGCUAAAACUAAGGCUAAGAUUCAGGCCCAAGACCCAGAACUGGGACAAGAACGAAACAUGGGCGAUAAGGGACUUGUGGAAGUAGGGGAGGAGUUUGACAUUUAUCUAUCGGCCCUCGGAUUUGCACCUGGCCAGGGCUCUGCUCCUGUUGGUCUUGCAGCCGGCUAUGGUUAUUAUGGGGUAGGUCUUGGUGGCAUGGAGGGAAUUGGAUCAUUUGCGAUGGGAACAGGCAUGAGUAUGGGAAUGAGCAUGCCAAACUCGGAGCUAGAAGGAAACUCACACCCUCAUCAUGCACAUCUCCAUACGCAUUCAGAAACGCAUCCCUCUGCCAAUGACGGCGAUGAUAAUCCUACCAGUGUCACACCCUCAACAGCAUUGUUCCAGUCAACACAGCUAGGGAAUUGGUUCUCGGGAAACAGAUAUAUGAUGGGGUUGUUAGAGGAGGAUCUGUCGCAGUUUGAUCCGUCGUCUUGGUCUUAAUACGAGGUAUCAUCUUUGCAUGCGAAUUCCCAUUUGCAAUAUUCAGAGAUCUUGCUCAUAUUUCGCUCUAGAUAUCCAUCGCUGAUCUAAUUACAACCCUGUCAAAAGGGCUGGUAGAUCAUGCUGUAGAGCUGAAUCGCUAGGUUUUACGGUCAAUCGAUGUCUCCGAUGGCAUAUGUAUACAUGUACGAAUGUAUACUGCCCUAUCUGGGAUUGAACCAAAUAUUAUGAUCCAGACAGACAUAUUGAAGCCAGCACGAUUGCCGCUGGUUUCGCAGCCUCCAAGAUAUCAGGAAGGAUAUCAAGAUAACAGAACGGCCGAGGAUCAACAACCCCCACAGAUGCUCCUCGCCGCUUGAGAUGAUAGAAAUGAAUCUGAAAAUGCCAGAGUUCCAUCUGGACUGCGACGCCAAAGAACGAAUCGUCGAUGAAAUGCGAUAAGCGUGCAAGGGGUUUGCAUUCUUCCAGCUCAUUCAACCACGGCGUGUGCCCAUUGAUCUUUAGCGGUCUAUUGUGAAACAGGGCAAGGGUUUCUUUGAACUUUUUCUUGAGAUCAAGGAGAAGUAUAGCAUAGGUGAGGUCUUUCAGCGUACACAUACCCUAAUUGAUCCUCUCACAAGUCAGUAUUUUGCUUGCUUGCCCUCUGCUUGGCUUUCCUUUCAGACCGUCCUUUCAUAUAGGAGAGCAUGUCUGACACCUGACUUUGCUACUUCUUUUUCAAACACAUCCUGGAUAAACUCAACCAUCUCAUAUAAGUAUAAGUUAGGCUUCCCAAGUAGAUAAGCCAGCUCCGAGACGAGCGUAAGAAAUCAAAUCCCCUCGCUUCCAGAAUAUCCGAGGAAAGGGACCUGCAUCUGAGCCUUCCAAAUAGUUUCCGACACAACGAUGAAGGAGCCUCGCUCCGUUCUAUACGAUGAUGAC